AUGGUUCCUGGAGCAGCUUCUUAUGAUCCCUACGGCGCUGCUGCAGCGGCUGCCUUUCCUGCAGCAGCUGUGGCUCCAUCCCCCUCCAACCUUAACCUUUCAACCCCCUCCUCUUCUUCCUCUCUCUCCCCCCUCCUCUUCUUCCUCUCUCUCCCCCCUCCUCUUCUUCCCCUCUCUCCCCCCUCCACUCUCUUCCCUUCCUCCCUUGCAGCUACGUGGUUCCCGGAGCAGCUUCUUAUGAUCCCUAUGGCACUGCUGCAGCGGCCGCCUUUUCUGCAGCAGCUGUGGCUCCAUCUUAACCUCUUCCUCUCUCGUCCCCCUCCACCCUCUCCCCUUCCUCCCAUGCAGUUAU